AUCUUGUUGCGCAACUUACGGCGAGAGUACAAAUACCCCCUCCUCGUCUUGUCAAAGAUUCAUUGACUGGGCUCAAGGUGAGCCCACAUCAGCUGUUGAUAAAACAGUGACGGUACCGCGGUGGCCCGGUUUAGUCCCUUCAGCAGCGCGGGACCAGUCGCUUAACAAACAAUGGCGGCCGAAUUGAAACAAAUUAAAGUCUCUGAAGAAGAGGCCGUAAAGGAUAGUCUGCAGAGGAAUUUCCCUGCUAUAAGGGUGGACAGAUUAAAAGCAUCAUCAGAAAUCAAGGAUAAUGAAAACUUCAUGGGAAUCAUUACCAAAUUAGAUGUCGAUGGCUACGACAGUGAAAAGGGGGAGGAGGUACACAUGAGCCUGAUCAUGAAGACUAUGCCGGAUUCAGCCAAGCGCAGAGCGACGUUCAAUGUGGAAGCAGCAUUUAGUAAUGAGGCAGCCUUCUAUAGUCGUGUGCUGCCGACACUGGUGCAAUAUGCCGACCUGAAGUUCGCCCCCUGCCUGCAAGCCCGAACAGACCUGAUACUGUUACGUCAUCUAGGCCAGGACGGCUACGUCCUUGCAGACCGCAAGGAGGGGCUUGACCUUCAGCACUGCGAACUGGUUUUGCGGGAAUUGGCAAAAUACCACGCAGUCUCUUUGGCGUUAAAACACACAGAUCCAGCCACGUUUAACCAGAUAAAAUCAGAAAUCAGAGAGGUGUUCGUCACAGGGGAAAACGUCAUCAUAAACAAAAGCUACGAUGUUUGUAUUGACAUGGCUUUGAAAGUUACCACCGACUUGGAGUCCAAAGCCGUCACAAUGCUUAAGGGAAUUCAAGGUAACAGCUUGAAGUUAAUGAUACCUUUUGCUGCACCAAAAGAGCCUCUGGCCGUCAUCUGCCACGGUGACCUCUGGAGUAAUAAUUUGCUCUUCAGGUAUUCCCCCGACAAUUCAAAGACUCCCAUUGAUGUUACGUUCCUAGACUUGCAAGGCUGCCGGUAUGCAUCUCCGUCUCUGGAUAUAAUGUACUUUCUCUUCUCCAGCACUAAGAAGGACGUUACUAAGCAGAACUUCCGCCAUCUGGUGGUCACCUACCAUCGCUCUCUUGUGGAACACCUCAAACGACUGGCACCCCUCGCACCUACCGUCACUUUAGACGACAUCAUGGUGCAGAUCAAACAGCACGCUGCGUUUGGCAUGGUGAUGUCCCUUGCCGUUCUACCUGCAGUCACCGCCGAUAAAUUGAGCUAUACUAUUGAUGACGUCACUGAAGAAUGUUUACAUAAUGAGGAGUUCUUGGCGGAGGCAGAAAAGGGAAUUAUUACUCCGGAGUUUAAAAGAAGAGUCAACACGAUGUUUGAAGUGGUUGUACUUGAAGGUUUGAUAUAAAUGUAAUUUACGAAUGUGCUGGUCACA